GUUACAAAAUAUCGGAAGCAAGCAGCUUACAGAAUGCCUUACACCCCAGUGAACUCCUACGACGGCGAUCUUAAGAUCUGGAGCGGAGAGUCGGUGAGCCACUACUUCGACCCACAUCUGUCUAUCGGGCAGAUCAUCUUCCAGGAGAUGCGGCGUCAUCCCCAACUCGUCGGCCAGAUCUCGGCUACAGAGAACACCGUCCUGACCAGACAGGAGCUCCAUGCCAACUCCAUGAAGGUGGCCACCUAUAUGCGCUUCUUGGGCCUCCUUCAAUCCGAUGUGGUGGGCCUAAUAGGCAGGAACACCACUCACAUGCCCGCUGUGGCAUACGCCUGUUUAUUUAACGGAAUCGCCUUCCACUCGCUGAACAUAACCUAUGAUCAGAGUACCAUAGAGAAGCUCUUCAACAUAACCAAGCCUCGCCUCAUUUUCUGUGAUGGAGAUGAGUUCGAAAAGGUGCGCGCCGCCACCGCAUCCCUAGAUGUGAAGAUCAUCACCAUGCGAAAUCACCCAGCGGACUCCAUCAGCAUUGAUGAAGUACUAGCCACUCCCAUCGAGGAAAACUUCCAGCCAGCUCGCUUGGAACAGGGCAACGAUCAGACCCUGGCUAUUCUCUGCUCCUCCGGCACCACUGGAACCCCCAAGGCGGUCACCAUCACCAACAGCCGACAGAUACUGGCUGCCAACCACCAGCUGACCACUGCCGACAUUCAGUACUCCCACAACACUCUCGACUGGAUAACCGGCCUAUUGACCACGGUGACCUCUGGCGUGUUCAGCACCACCCGCAUCAUCGCUGACAACGCCUUCGAUCCUGCCUUCGCUUUGCGAGUCAUCGAGGAGUACAAAGUUACGUGGACUAUUCAGUCACCCUCGUCUAUGGUUAUGAUAGCGAGUUCUCCGGAAUUUGAAAACUCGGACCUUUCCGCUUUGCGGUGCUUUCAGUUUGGAGGAUCCCGAGUAGCGAUGGAGGUGCAGCAGAGCAUCAGGAGUCGGUUGAGCAGUGACUGUCUGCAGUUUAUUUAUGGGUUCACGGAACUCGGUGCCCUGGCCAGCGUCAACUGUCACUUCGACGAGAAGCCCAAUUCCGUAGGACGCUUGGUGAGCGGCCUCAAGCUGAAAAUAGUCUCUGAAGAUGGCCAAUCCCUUGGACGUGGCGUGAUGGGCGAGGUGUGCAUCAGCAACAACCAGUAUUGGGCGGGUUACUACGGAAACCAGCUGGAAACUCGAAACUUGCGCGAUUCUCAGCGAUGGUAUCAGUCCGGAGAUCUCGGAUACAUGGACCAAAACGGCUUCCUGUACAUAGUAGAUCGCAAGAAGGACAUGCUGAAAUACAUGGGAACAAUGUACUACCCCCACGAUAUCGAAUUCGUAAUAUCGGAGAUGCCGGAUGUGGCUGACGUCUGUGUCUUCGGGGUAUGGGAUCAGAUCAACGGAGACGAGGCUGCUGCCGCCGUGGUGAAGAAACCGGGCAGCGAUCUGAGUGCCGAGGAUGUUGUGGAAUAUGUGAGCAUGCGGACGGAUUCCAAGUUUAAGCAGCUGAAUGCUGGAGCCAUUAUCGUGGAGGAUCUGGAGCGCAGCGCCAAUGGAAAGACUAACAGAAUGGCCAACAAAGCUCACUACUUGCAAGUGAAGGGUCGGAGCUAAAUGCCAAAUAUUUACAUAAAUACCAAAUGCUGCUGGAACGCUUACUAUCUUAGGAUGUAUAAAUAUAAAUAGUUGUAAGCUAGGUUAUAACCGAUUUCGGAAUAAAGUAUAUUAUUACUGAUGGUAAUA